AUUGUAUCUAUCUGUGAGCUGAGGCGUGACUCCUCUCUUCUUCCUUCCUUUCUUCCUCCUGCUAUUUAGACGGUUCUCACCGGAGCUAUCGCCUCCCUAUCAUCUCAAUAUGUUGUAGUGAGUUUGCCUCUAUCCCGCCCACCUCACCGUCGUUGUCUCCGCCACCGCCACUGCUCCCACCACUGCCAUGCAUUAACCUCAACCCUUCCGCAAACUAUUCACUGUCACUUUGUCAUCGGCGCUCCAUCGUUCACUCAAAUGUGGUCUCCGAUACCUGGUGAGUAUCCUUCUCUACUUUGCUCGUACCUCUAAACCAAAAACAUCUAGAAUAAAAAAUCAUAGACUAUAGUUGAAUCUAGUAGAUUGGACAAUUCUUGUCGGAGACGAUGAGGAGAGAUCUCGUCGGAGACGAAGACGAUGAUUAAAAACUUUUCAUUUGAUAGAGAAGAUGGUAAAAGAUCUCGUUAGGGCAAAGGAGGAUAACCUAGAUGUGGCUAUGAAGGCAAUAGGAGGUCCUUCAGAUCUCUUACAAUCUACCGAGGGAUUAGCAUGUCGCCCAUCCUGUUGGAGGAUUGGGAAUCCGCCGGUCACGGCGUGCGUCCACGAGUCGACCGGCUCAGCUCCAGCCGAGGCUGGCGAGCCCACCGCAUCCCGCUCGGCUCCCGCCGCGGCUGCGCGGUGCCGCGCAAGCUCGCACCACGCGUCGCGCCGGAGGCAGGCCCGCCCUCCCGUCUUCGCCAUCUCCAGCGGAACCGCAUGCCCCAAAAGCGAAGCCAACCAGCACAAAAAGGAGCACAAAGCUCUCUCUCCCUCCCCCCUCUCUCUCUCUCUCUCCUGUUCCCCGCGAGAGUCGCUCAGGGCCGCGACGAGGAGAAGCGGCAGCGCGUCACCUCUCCAAUGGCAUCCCCGUCCCUCCUCCGUGCAACCUGUGCGCUUCUCGAGUGCUGAGGCUCCCUGUCCCUAAGACAAGCUUGCGCGCGCGAUGGAGGGUUUUUCGAGGGACUUGCUGUGCGGGAUUGGCAAGGGGGACGCGCCGCCACCGGAGAAGAGGCCGGGGCAGCUGCGGGAGGAGAUGGAGGAGGUGGAGCUUAGCCUCGGGCUGUCUCUUGGCGGCCGAUUCGGGCUCGACAGGAAGGGGAGCAAGCUCCCCCGGUCGUCGUCCGUGGCGGCCAUGCUGACAACGCCGGUGGAGGUGCCGGCGCCGCCCUCCCUCUCGCGGGCGAGCUCGCUGCCGGUCCAGGCGGAGGCGUCGGAAGUUGAGAGGAAGCAGGGGCUGGAUGGAUGGGGUUCUUGCCGUGAGGGCGGCGGUCUCGGCGUGCAACACGCGGCGAGGCUGCCGGCGAGCGGGAACCCUUCCUCUGCCUCUUCGGUAGGUGAAGGACAGAUUUUGCAAGGCACCCUCAUGAGGACUAGUUCACUCCCUGCUGUCAUUGAGGCUUCUGGCAAUGAUGACUGGAAGAAACGAAAGGAAGCACAGAGCCUGAAGAGGCUCGAGGUUAAGAAGAAGAGGAUUGAGAGGAGGAACUCUCUCGCCUGCAACACUUCAAAAGAAGCUGCUGGGCAGAGUCCAAAAGAGAUGAAUGCAAACACUGACAAAUUAGUAAGUUCUGAUGAAACUAUUGUCAGCGCUAACGAAAGUCAUAGCAGUGGCAAGCAUCUGGUGAAGGGGCUUCCACCAAAGUACCAGGCCACAAUUACAUCAGAAGACAGUUCGUCAGCAAUGCGAAAGAAGCCAAACUCGGCCUUCAAAGCCAUCACUGAGGAGCAGAACUCAUCAUCGUCUGUUCCUUCCUCCGGUGAAGCUAUAAGUAGCGUGACGGCACCAAGUCUGCCUCUGUUGUCUUUGGUCCCCAUAACAGCAACCCUUGGUUCCAGGGAAGACCAAAGCAUUUUAGGCAGGGCUGGUGCAAGGGCAAACGGCAUGGGGGACGUGGAAAGGAGGAUGAUGCAGGAGAUGCCGGGCGUGUUCACCAAGGGCCUGUCCAACGGCAGCAGGGUCGAAGGCUUCCUGUACAAAUACAGCAAAGGAGAAGUGAGGAUCGUAUGCAUCUGCCAUGGAAGCUUCCUUACUCCUUCGGAGUUUGUGGAGCACGCCGGCGCCGGCAAGGUAGAUAACCCGCUGCGACACAUUGUCGUCAGCGCUACCCCGAACCUGUGACUGUGAGGCCAGGCAGACCCGUGCACAAGCUAUAGUGUUCUGUAGACUCAGGACCUGAGCCUAGCGUCAGAGCAAUGUCACCGUUAGACUGUGUGGUGCGGUGCUUAUGCCCGAUUAAAUUGGUGGGCAUUGUGGUAACAUAACCUGUUGAUAAUGUUUUGACAAUGUUUUGAUCCUUCCUAUGCGUGAUUUAGUUCUGCAGCUUCUU